CAACAACUCCACUAUGUAACCACAGCACCACCUCGUCUUUCCACUAUGUCGGCCCUUUACAACAAUGCCCUUCGCCAAUCCAAAUCUCUUCGUGCCAACCUAGACACUCUCGCCUCCAACUCGGCACCCAACUCCGCUGCGCUCCAAGGCCAGAUUACAACGCUCCUCACCAGCUUCACGCGCACAUUAGACGACUACCAAAAAUCCCUCGAUAGCGAGCUCAUUCCGGAGAAGGCGGAGAAGGGCCGUGAACGAAUCGCAAACUUCCGCUCCGAUCUCCUCGAAUUCAAAGCCCGAUUUGCUGAACUCAAAGCCGAGCGCGAACAGCAACAACAUGUCGAGCAGAGAUCUGAGCUCUUUGGCCGGAGGGGGUAUACUGGCGGAGGGAGCGAGACGCCAGAGAACCCGUAUUCGGACAAGAAUGUCGCCGCAAGCGCAAUGAGCGGUAGAGGAGAGAACGUCAAUCCGUUAUUUCGAACGAACAACCCGAACUUUGUACCUGGACAGCAAGGAAACAGCUACAGUUCCUAUCAAAGUCCAUACGGGCUUGGGGCGAAUCAGGGGCGAGAAGAGCAUGCAUUGAGAGAGAACAACUUCUUCGGCACGGCAAAUGCGACACUGGAUGAGUAUCUGGAACGCGGCAGGGCUGUCCUGGGCGAUUUGGGAGAUCAAAGAGAGAUGCUCAAAGGCACGCAGAGGAAACUGUACGACAUUGGGACGACGCUCGGCAUCAGCGGCGAUACAAUUCGUAUGGUGAGCAGAAGAGCCAAGCAGGACAAGUGGAUCUUCUGGGGAGGAGUGGUCAUCUUCGUUAUCUUCGUCUACUUUGUCUUGAAGUGGCUCAGGUGAGAAGCUGCAUAGCACGAAUGCCCAUGGCAUGACAUUUGGGCUACCGGAAUGGAUUUAGCGAGGCGUUUGGGGAACAACUGCGGCGAGGUACUUCCCUUUGAGAUAUUGCUGGGUCACAGCACAGCUGACACGAUAUCAACGAGCGAGCGA